UGGGGGACGGGGACGGGGGGUGGAGGAAGGCGGUGGAGGUGGAGGCCAAGCUGCUCUCUCUCCCUUGCAAUCCAAAACCUCUGCGCACUCGAUCCCCUCGCCCCGCCUCGCAUUCCCUUCCCUCCCCUUCUCCUUUCAGUUCUCUACUUACUUCUAUUGCAGUUGCUGCGCAGGCAAAGCGCGACGGCUCGCAGAUCCGAUUGGGAGGGAGGGGCUGCGCAGGAUUGGUGUCAUCUAUCGAUCAUGGGUUCCAACGGUGACUACAGUUUUGUGAGCGAUGGGUUUUCCGCUGGGUCUCUGUUCAAGCAAGGAUUCUCCUACACGUACGACGAUCUCAUUUUCCACCCAGGCUACAUUAAUUUCGCCGUGGACGACGUAGAUCUUUCUACGUCGCUCACGAGGAACAUCAAGCUGCGGACGCCAUGUGUUUCUUCGCCUAUGGAUACCGUGACGGAGGAGUCCAUGGCUGUGGCAAUGGCAGCUGUCGGAGGCAUUGGCUUUGUGCAUUACAACAACACGGCGCAGGAGCAAGCGGAUAUUGUGAAGAAAGCGAAGAAGCAGAGGGUAGGGUUUGUGGCGAAUCCUGUGUGUGUUUCGCCUUCGGAUACUAUCUCUGUUAUUGAUUCGUUAAAGGCUAGCAAGGGUUUUUCGUCCGUAGUUGUGACGGAGGAUGGUAAGGUUGGGUCGAGGUUGGUAGGAAUUGUGACCAGUCGGGACGUAGAUUUUGUGCGCGACCGGAGCACCCAAGUGCGGGAGGUUAUGAGCACGGACCUCUUGAUUGCUCCCGCAGGUACUACACUGGAAGAAGCGACUAAAAUUCUGACUCGAAACAAGAAGAGUUUGCUACCCCUCGUUUCGGAGAGCGGAAGCUUCGUCGAGCUUUUGUGCCGGACUGAUUUGAAGGCUUACCAUGCGUUGCCGCCUAUUGGCGCACCAUCUCUUGGCUCUGAUGAUAAAAUUCUUGUCGGCGCUGCAAUUGGUACCCGCGAGAGUGACAAAGACCGGUUGAAACUGCUUGUGGAAGCUGGUGUAAAUGUUGUUAUUCUCGAUAGCUCGCAGGGGGAUUCCAUGUACCAGAGGCAGAUGAUUGAGUAUAUCAAGAAAUCACAUGCUGGGUUGGAUGUCAUCGGAGGAAAUGUUGUUACUGCGUACCAAGCGAAGAACUUGAUUGAAGCCGGUGUGGAUGGGUUGCGGGUUGGCAUGGGCUCUGGCUCCAUCUGCACAACGCAGGAGGUUUGCGCUGUUGGAAGGGGCCAAGGAACUGCUGUGUACAAGACUGCAGCGGUGGCUAACGCUCUGGGAGUUCCUAUUAUAGCUGACGGAGGAAUCUCCAACUCUGGUCACAUAGUGAAGGCACUAUCAUUAGGGGCAUCAACAGUCAUGAUGGGAAGUUUCCUCGCAGGCACAGAUGAGGCUCCAGGCGAUUUUUACUUUCAGGAUGGUGUAAAGCUCAAGAGGUACAGGGGGAUGGGAUCUUUGGAAGCAAUGACGAAGGGCAGUGAUGCUCGCUACCUUGGGGACAAAACACGCCUCAAGAUCGCACAAGGAGUAUCAGGUUCUGUAGCAGCUAAAGGCUCCGUGCUACAACUGCUUCCGUAUACAAUGCAGGCUGUGAAGCAAGGAUUACAGGAUUUAGGAGUUUCUUCUGUCAAGGCCUCCCAUGACGGUCUCAAUGCUGGAGCCAUCAGGCUGGAGGUAAGAACAGGUGCUGCGCAAAGAGAAGGUGGUAUUCAUGAUCUUGUAUCAUAUGAGAAGAGAAGAUUCUGAAGAACAGUGAAUUGAUGAUUUUUAAUAUCUUGUGAUGAGCUAACGUGAAACAUUGUGGAUUGCAACCUUUCUUGGGACACUGGUAUGUGUUGAAAGAAGGUGCAGACCAGCACAAAGAAGAUGCGUGAAUGUUGAUUUCGGUAGGUUGGGUGUAGACUGCUACAAGAAUCUAGGCAUGCAGACCUUUUAAAAUCAAACAAGACCAAAGUUUUUGUACUGGAGAAACAUGUCCUGAAGUCUUUUGGCAUGUUGAAGCAUUUGAAGCACUACUGGAAUUCAUACCUAAAGAAAGCCAUCUCAUUGUAAACUUUAUUGAGAUAAAAGUCGUUGAAAGAAGUCGAAAGCAAUUAUUACUUGUACACCCAUUUCUUGCCGUCGAUGACGUUAAUGACCACACUUUUCCAUACUCACAUCUAGCUGAGAUGGGUAUUUUCGGUGCGCA